GAAGGAGAACAAGGUAGCGAGAACUCCGGGACCGUCAGCCCUGCAGGCUCGAGCCCGCCAUCUUAUUAAAGGGAAAGAAAACCCAGCUAGAGUAGGGACCUCCCCCCGGGGGUCCCCGGCGCUCCAUCCCGCCCCCUACCCGGCUCCGCGUCGGUCGGAUGAGGAAAGUAAGAGAGAUGCCGACCAACUGCGCUGCGGCGGGCUGUGCCGCGACCUACAACAAGCACAUCAACGUCAGCUUCCACAGGUUUCCCUUAGACCCCCAAAGAAGAAAGGAAUGGAUUCGUCUGGUUAGGCGCAAAAAUUUUGUGCCAGGGAAACAUACUUUUCUUUGCUCAAAACACUUUGAAGCCUCCUGUUUCGACUUAACUGGACAAACAAGACGACUUAAAAUGGAUGCUGUACCAACAAUUUUUGAUUUCUGUACUCAACUAAAACCAAUGAAACCCAAGUCAAGAAAUCUUCCUAAGAAAAACUCUUGCAUCCCAACAGAACCAUCUGAUACAAAAUCCAAUGUUAGCUGUCAGCAAGUUCUGCUUGAACACAGCUAUGCCUUUAGAAGCCCGAUAGAGGCAAAAAAGAGGAUAAUUCAACUGGAGAAAGAAAUAGCAAGCUUAAGAAGAAAGAUGAAGAAUUGCUUACAGAAAGAACGGAGAGCAACACGAAGAUGGUUCAAAAUCACAUGCUUGGUGAAAAGUUUAGAAGCAAAUAACAUAUUGCCCAGGGGCACAUCAGAACACAUCUUGCCAGGUGCCUUAAAUGAUCUUACAUUGCAAAACUUCAAAAUCCUUAUACAGGAUCAGCAAGAUCAAACAUAACAAAGUCCUUAAAUGAAGACAGCUCCCAAGCCAAGGAGCCUUCUUUUGAUAUUAGCCAGAACUGAAUUCUUUGCCCAGCCUUCAGUAGAUUCGGAAGUAAAAGUUAUUUAUUGGAAUUAUGCUAAAAACUAUACUCUCGGCAUAAUUUUAUUUGAAAUAGCAUAAUUUUCUGGAUAUUGCUUAUAAAGACUAUUACUUAUUUUUGUGGAAAAAGUAAACUUCAUAUGAAAACUUCAUUUUAAUACAAGCACAAGUGCCUUACAACAACAAAUACCUGCUCUAGCUGAAAUUUUUCCUACAUGAAGAAAUCUUAUGUUUAUAAGUUUAUUUAUUGGUUUUUUUUUAAGAACCUGUUUUUGAAGGAAUGGUCUAUGCCAGGUAAUAUGUUUAGGUCAUUUUACGGGCUUACUUUCUGUCAGAAAAGUAAUUUUCCUUGUUGAACUGAAUUGAAGGAGGGCUUUUGUAUCCUAAAUAUAAUGCUGAAAUACAUUUUCCAAAAUUAAAUAUAGUCUUGGAAAAGUACCAGCCCUUGAUUUAAAUUGUGGUGAGUACUUGGUGAUAUAUGGUGAAUUACUUUGCUUAUUAUAUUGCCUUUACCUUUUUCUUAUCUGUUAAAAAGAGAUUAAUAGUGACCUCUCUCAUGGAAAUAUUAGACUUGCAAUGAUACACUAAUUUAAAUGUUAAGUACUGUUUGGCUGUGAAGUGCCAUUGAGUUCAUCAGAUGAGAAGAAGCCAAGCAUACCUCAAAUCUGCUCAGAAGGGUACUUUGGCACCUUAAAUUCCAAGAAACGCACACACACACACACACACACACACCCCCGCCCCGUGAAACAUUGGCAUUGAGUUCAUCACUUGUUUUUUGCCAAAAUUAUUAAAUAAUUAGAUAUUACUGCUUUCUCAUAACAUAUGUUUUUAGUUUUAUGCUCUUGUAUAUUAAACAAUUUUUAUGUGUGUUAGGAUAUCAAAGUUGUUUAUAAAGUAUUUAUUUUACUACUUACAUAGGUACUCACCUCAGAGCAUAGUGGUUUUUUUCCAUAAAACACAAUGGCUUUUUGAUGCAGAGAUAUACUUAGCCAUGUAAUGUCUUGACAGCUUAUAAUUUGUUUUAAAAUGGAAUCAAUUUAUAGACCAUUAAAUCAACAUAUACACCAUGCAAUCCAGUAUAGACAAGGACUCUCUCCCUCUGACACCUCCAUUUUUCUUCAGGAUGGCAUCAUGCUGUGACCUUCAUUGCAUAUGGAAAAAGAGUAUUUUAAUGAUUCUUUUCUAAAACAAAACUAUGCAUAUGAUACUCUUUUAAGAACAGUGGUCUAAUUGAAUCAUUCAAAAGGUUUGCCUUAUUUCAUAAAUUAUAUUUAUUCAACAUUUUGUAUUUCAAGUGAACAAAAUCAUGGGAAAGUUCAUUAACUAUUAAAUCAAAUUUCUUAAUCCUCAUUCAAAUGUAUGACAUUACACUGUUACUAUAGUAUAAUACUUAACCAUAGAUGGCUCCACAUUUUUUCACAUAGAGGGUUUAUUUUAUGUGAAAAAAGGAAGUCAGACAUAUCUGGGGGUUUCUUUUUUUAAAAGAAUGAUAUUUGUUUACAUUCUAGUAACCAUAAAAAGCACUAAUUCAAUUUUUCACAAAAAACGGUUCUCUGUAAUGGAAGAUAACUACUCACUUUGACGAAAAGUGUAUGCUGGAGAAAACAAAUGAAUAUUUCCUAUCAGAAUUUGUGUAUCCAAGUAUGACAUUUUUAAUAGCAACUCCCAAAAUUUAGGCAAAAUAGAAGCUCCUUGAGGGCAAGUACUGCUGUUUACCUUUCUGUAUGCAUAGUAUCUUGCACAUAGUGGGCACUUAAUAAAAAUCUAUUGAAUUAAAGCUGUAUGGUACUUAACAUCAGUAUGUUUUUCAGUAACCUCCAAGAAGGUAGAUUUGACAAAUGCAAAAGCAAGGAAAUAGUUUGUUUUCAUUCUUGGUGGACGCUUGUCAAAAAUACUCACGGAAAAAUUUGUGCGUAUUGAAAAAUUUUCAUCUUUUACAUAGGCGUUGUCCAGCGUUAACACGUUAAACAUGACUAUUGUAUUUUGGUCAGGGCCCAUCUUUACAUCUUUUCAAGAGUUUAUCAUCAGCAAAAAUGAUUGUUGACUAGUUUUAUGCUUCUAGCUAAAGGUGGUCGCAUACUCAUUCAAACAUGUGUAUCUUUUGAAAUAUUAGCUCACAGUCACAGAAGAACCAAAGUGGUACUCAUUCAAUUCCUGUCCAUUAGUUCCAGUUCACAACAGGUAACUGAAAUGACUGCAAAGUUGUUAGCAAUGACUCUGGAGAAACGAACACUACAACUACAAACAUUAAAACUUUUUGAAAAGAUAACCCAAUACUGCGCAUUAUUAUUGUAUUGUUUGUUAACUCCAUUCAGGAUCAGCCUCUAGAAUUCCCAUUCCUACAAUGUAGCUGCUCACACAACUUUUCUCUCAGAUACCGCGUGUUCCCGUGUAAUAGUUUCAUUAUUUCAGAAUCAUACAUUGGCCCCACUGCCACCUCAAAUCAGUCUUGUUAACAAGUCUCCAGUCACAAAUAGUUCAGGUUUCAUCCUUCAGAAAAUCUGUGAUUUUAUCACUUCUUUCAUGCAUCAGUGUUUCCACAUCUUACUAAACGAUCUUCACCAAUUACUCUGGUCCAAAAACUUCCCCUGCGGCCAAACCUCCUGAAGGUGGUUCAAGAACUGGAUUUAGAGUCAGAGAACCUGGGUUCCAAUCCCAUCCUUGUCUCUUAUUAAAUGUGUGAUCCUGCAAAAGUCAUUUUGUUGCUCAUUGUAAAAUGUGAGAUUGGAAUGGAUAACUUCUAGAGUUCAGCUCCAAACCUAUGAUCCUAAUACCAGUUUGACCAUGUGGCUCCCCUCCUCAAUCAACUCCAGUAGCUUCCUGUCGCUUCUAUGAUAUAGUAGGUGCUUAAUAGAAGCUUUGUUGAUGGAUGUUUGAUCCUUCAGCCUUUUCUAUCUUAGCUAGAAUGAUCCUCAGAUGACUGAUUUGAAGUCUGUUGCUGAGCUUACGCUCAAAGCUUUUGCAACGUCUAGUACAAUCUUUUAGACGCAAUGUUCUGCUGGCAUAGUUUUUGAAGACUGGAGCUACCUUCAUACUUCAUUAUCAGAGUAGGAUUUUAGUGGUGGGCUCUAGUUCUGUAGCACAGGGACUCUAAAGCAUGAAGUCUUGUUUUCCCUCUAAGGUGGUAUUUAGAUCACCCUCUCUCUUCUCCUAUUGCCUGCCCAUGUCUCAUUUUGGCCAUACAUCAAAACAGGACUUGAACAAAAAUUUAAAAUAGUCUUUCAUCUCCCCUGUAAAGUGAGACAAGGCACAGUACCCCAGUACCUCUGGUCAUGAUUAUUGUUUGAAAGAUCAGUUUUGAG